AUAAUUUCCCUUGGAAACCAAAUAAAUACCUGUAUAUUAUGAUUUAGAAAGAACAUAAUUUGCAUACAUGUCGAAAAUUGUGUUCGAAUUAUCAACUCUUGACUUAACAAUAUAAUAAAUGAGGUGUCUUAUUUUAUCUAGCUCAAGUAAGGUCUCAAGUUACUCUGCAAUUGAAAGAAAUAACGAUUGUAAGUACAUGUCUGUGUGAAAAUAACAGCUCGCAGCAUGUUGAAAACAAUUUAACGAGUCCAUCGUAAAGAUGUCUGUAUUGGCGCAACAGCAAAAUGACAAUGAUGAAAGCGUCGACGGGCUAGAAGAAUCAAGAUACGGAUGGCUAGGUUUCAGACCAAAUUGCCUACAAGCGCUUUUAUCGUCGCGUUCGAUUUUGGUGUUUUGUUCGAUCCUAGUCGGCAUUCAAGGUUUCAUCGUCACUGGUUUAGGCGGUGUUGUUAUUUCCUCUAUUGAAAAACGAUAUUUUUUAAAGAGCAGCGAAGUUGGUGGUAUUUUCUCUUGCUAUGAUAUCGGCAGUACGGUUGCAACUCUACUUGUCAGUUACGCUGGUCAUUCACAUAAGCCAAAAUGGCUAGGGUGUGGUUCGAUCAUACUUGGUAUAGGUUGUUUAAUGUUUGCAUUCCCGCACGUAACUGUGGGUUAUUACAAACCGAUCGUAGGUCAAAAUAAACACCUUUGCUUUGACAACCAGACUUUUCAAAAUGCAACGACGCUCAAUUCCGAAGAAUGUCGUAAUUCACGUUGGUAUCAUAUAUUCGUGUUUGUGAUUGGUCAACUACUCAUUGGUGCUGGUGCGUCUCCUGUAUACAACCUUGGCUGCGCUUACAUUGACGAAAAUGUAACUCGGAAAAACUCCGGUGUUUAUUUGGGAAUUUUUUAUGCCAUCGCUACUUUAGGCCCCGGCGUUGGAUUUUUACUCGGUGGAUAUUUUCUGUCCAUUUAUAUAGAUCUUUCGUUGCCAGAUGGCGUAAACGUGACACCAGAUGACAAUAGUUGGAUAGGCGCAUGGUAUCUUGGUUAUGUCGUAGCUGGUGUAUGUGCCUUAGUCGUAAGCAUCGCUUUGCUCGGCUUUCCACGCCGGACAAAGCGUGCGAAGAUGCUUCAAGAGGAAAAAAGUCGCAUGAAAGGUUGUGUUCCGGAUGAACGAAAGCCUCACAACAUUAAAGAAUUCUUACCAGCUCUUAAAUCUCUUUUUCAAAACAAAGUAUUUCUCUUCACAACGAUAGCCGGUAGUGCCGAAGGCUUUGCUAUCUCCGGAACGGCCACGUUUUUCCCGAAGUUUUUGGAAUCUCAGUUUGGCCUAAGUUCGAGCAAUGCCAGCGUUUUCUCAGGCCUCGUCAUCAUCCCUGGUGGAAUUCUUGGAAUGCUGAUUGGAGGUUAUCUUAUUCGAAGAUUUAAGUGGAAUUGUGGGCAGUGUGCCAAAGCUUGUACAAUCAUUGCGUUUUUGGCUAUUUUUCCCAUCUUAAUAUUUCUAAAUCACUGUCCGAACAUGAAUUUUGCUGGUGUAACAACGUCGUACAACAACAGAACUCAUGACGACACUAUAGAUAGAUGCAGUUCUCAAUUUCAUUGCAACUGUAAGCAAUACGACUAUGUUCCCGUAUGUAAUAAGCAACAUUCAGUUACAUACUUUUCGCCUUGUCACGCAGGAUGUUCUGUCGAAAUAGAAACUGAUGGAGUAAAAGUUUACACCAAUUGCAGCUGUUUGCCUUCUAACGUUUCUAUGGCGUAUAAAGGAAGUUGUGAUCAAUCGUGUGAAUCGUUACCAUAUUUUCUCAUCAUAUUUUUUCUUCUUCUUUGCCUGACAUUCUGUAAUAAUAUUCCUGCUAUCACUGUGACGCUGAGAUGUGUACCUGAGAGUCAAGGAUCAUUUGCUCUUGGUGUUCAGCAAAUUAUUUCAAGAAUAUUGGCAUUCAUUCCUGCACCGAUAGUGUAUGGAGUCUUGCUAGAUUCCGUCUGUAUCUUAUCCGAAAGCGAUCCUUGUGAUGAACAUGUCGACAGAAACUGUCUAGAGUACAAAAAUGAUGGAUUAGGAAAUGUGUUCUUAGGAGCGACCAUGCUAUGUAAAACUUUGUCGCUGUUUUUUUUUGGGCUUGCUUGGUUAGUGUACAAGUCUCCUACUGAUGUAAUGGAAUGUCGUGAAAGUACGCUCGACUUGCAAGAUAAAGACAACCAUAGUGAGGAAAAUACGAUUAAUUCAACUUCACUUUGAAAUGUUUUAAUCAAUUUUCCAUAUGUCCUUCUCAUUUUUAUAAAUGAAAAUAUGCCAAAGUUGAUUUCCACAUCUUUUUCUACGAAGUUUACUUAUUUUAUUAUAUCUUAUAUAAAAACAAGAUUUUUUAUCAUAACCAAAUUCGCACUUGGCGGUUCCUUCCAAUAUUUUUGAAGUGGGUUUAUGAUUAAGUAACAAAUUUGUUAAAUUUUAAGGGGGGGGGAGAGGAUCGUAAUAUAUCCGUGUUAUUUAUAUUUUAUUUUGAACUUACGUCAUUGUAUUUUAUUUUCAAAUGUGUCUUUUUAUGUGUUGCCAAAAAUAUUAUACCUAUUUUUAGUGACAUGACCAUUCAGCAAUCAGCAAAUUUUUAUUCUGCUAUGUUGUUUUUUUCGAUACAUUAUCAUGAAUCAUUUCUUUAGAAAUCUAUUGUUUCCGAUAAGUGAAUAUAAAAAAAUAAUAAAAUGGUGGGAUACUCACUAUUGGUAAUAACCAGAAAGUUAAUGCGUGUGAGAUACAUCCAGAUACAUGAACUUGUAGCAAAGUGUCAUGUUACCUGUUCAUCAUUGUGUUCAAAACAAAUGUAUGGGAACUCUUAUGAGCCCAAUAAAAGAAAUAAUUGCCUGUACUUAAUCUGUAACUAGUUUAUUUGCUUGUAAUGAAAACAUAACUUUUUUC